CCCCGGAGCCCGCAGACCCCACUCUGCCCGCGCCCCGCUUGGCUGCGCGGCUCCGCGUCGCCCGCCGGCCCUCCCGGGGCCAUGGGGGCGCCCCCGGGCUACCGGCCCUCGGCCUGGGUGCACCUCCUGCACCAGCUUCCCCGCGCCGACUUCCAGCUGCGUCCGGUGCCCAGCGGCUUCGCGCCCCAGGAGCAGGAAUACCAGCAGGCCCUGAUGCUGGUGGCGGCCUUGGCGGGCCUGGGCCUGGGCCUGAGCCUCAUCUUUAUCGCUGUCUACCUCAUCCGCUUCUGCUGCUGCCGGCCCCCUGAGCCCCCUGGGGCCAAGAGCCCCUCGCCUGGGGGAGGCUGCGUCACCUGGAGCUGCAUUGCCGCCCUCCUCGUCGGCUGCGCUGGCAUUGGCAUUGGUUUCUAUGGCAACAGCGAGACCAGUGAUGGGGUGUCCCAGCUCAGCUCGGCAUUGCUACAUGCAAACCACACGCUCAGCACCAUUGACCACCUGGUGCUGGAGACGGUGGAGGGGCUGGGCCAGGCCGUGCGCGUGGAGCUGACCACCCUGGAGGAGGUGCUGGCCGAGCGCACAGAGCUGGUGGCUGCUGCCCGCGGGGCUCGAAGGCAGGCGGAGGCCGUGGCCCAGCAGCUGCAGGGGUUGGCUUUUUGGCAGGGAGUGCCCCUAAGUCCCCUGCAGGUGGCUGAAGAGGUGUCCUUUGUGGAGGAGUACAGGUGGCUGGCGUACGUCCUCCUGCUGCUCCUGGAGCUCCUUGUCUGCCUCUUCACCCUCCUGGGCCUGGCGAAGCAGAGCAAGUGGCUGGUGGUCGUGAUGACAGCCAUGAGUCUUCUGGUGCUUGUCCUCAGCUGGGGGUCCAUGGGCCUGGAGGCAGCCACAGCCGUGGGCCUCAGCGACUUCUGCUCCAAUCCAGACACUUACAUCUUGAACCUGACCCAGGAGGAGACAGGGCUCAGCUCAGACAUCCUGAACUAUUAUUUCCUGUGCAGCCAUGCCAUCUCCAACCCCUUCCAGCAGAGGCUGACACUGUCCCAGCGAGCGCUGGCCAACAUCCACUCCCAGCUGCAGGGCCUAGAGCGAGAGGCUGUCCCCCAGUUCCCGUCUGCGCAGAAGCCUCUGCUGUCCUUGGAGGAGACACUGAAUGUGACAGAGGGAAACUUCCACCAGCUGGUGGCCUUGCUGCACUGCCGUGGCCUGCACAAGGACUAUAGCGCAGCACUACGUGGCCUGUGCGAGGACGCUCUGGAGGGCCUGCUCUUCCUGCUGCUCUUCUCGCUGCUGUCUGCUGGGGCCCUGGCCGCCGCCCUCUGCAGCCUGCCCCGCGCCUGGGCCCUCUUCGCGCCCAGUGACGACUACGAUGACACGGAGGACGAUGACCCUUUCAACCCUCAGGAAUCAAAGCGCUUUGUGCAGUGGCAGUCGUCUAUCUGAGCCCCUCCUCCUUGCCAGCCUGGAGCCUGCCUCCCCUCCUCGUUCCUUUCCUGGCUGCCAGAGGAGACCCCACUAACCUGGCCUGACUGGGCUCUGACCACUAACACUCCUGGCCGUGGACACCCCACACAGGACUGCCUUGUGCCCUGGCCCCAACGCCCUCCAUCUUCCUUAGCCCUGGAGGCUGCUGCAGGGGCCGAACAGAGACCAAGGCUGGCAGGGGAGGGGCACAGAGCCAGCCCCAAGCCCCUCACUGCCAGUCUCAUCCCUGGUGGAACUGAGCUGGGGCAGGGACAUGUUUCUCUGCCCCUGCCCCAUUCCGGUGGGUUCCAGCCCCAGAUCUGAACUUGUGACACUAACUUGGAAAAGGGUUGAUACGAAAUAAAAGGGAAGUCUUUAUUUUCCGAGCCACUGAGUUCUGAUUUUUCCCCUGCCUGGGUCCUGCUCCCGCCCAACCUGCGGAGGCGGGAAGCCUCCCUUCCGGGGGCUGUGAGGCCAUGCUGCCUGGCUCAUGCUCAGCAGCAGCUCUGAUUCAGAAAGGCCAGGAAAACUAGAAACGGCUCCGCACGCAGAGCCCCCUCGAGAGCUUGCGGAGCUGUUUAAAGCAGCGCUCAAUCCACUCGCUCUCCAUCUCGCGAGGCUUCUGCAGGAGAGGAACACGUCACGCAAGGCACCGCAAAAAGGAAAUGACAACUGGACGAGUCAUGGAAUUGAAUAAAACAGGUCAAAGGCAAACUUACAGUCUGGUGAAUAGUAUGUGUGUUCAGCACAUACGGUAAAGACAUACACUCCUUUCUACAAAUAUGGCCAUAAGCUAAAAAUAAGCAACUAAGACGAACAUCUGAAGUGCAAAAUGCCAGGGUCUGUUUCUAAAUGGACAAAGUCUAAGAAUUAGGAAACAUACUGUGAAACAAUCAGCAAUUACUUUUUUCCACUCCUGAAUUAUGUGAAAUUAAAGAGGGUGCCGGGCAGGCCCGACAGCUCAGGAGAUUACAGCGCCUGCUCAG